AUGCUGCGUAUUACACUCUUUCUGCAGCGGAAGACGAUUCAAUCGUAUCCAGUCCCACCAAAGAUUCGGCAUUUCAACCGUCGCUGGAGUAGCUCACGAACGAAUUCUUACAACCGACAAUAUUGGCGCAUAGUGAUGAAUGAGAACUACUCCCGGCCAUCCUUUUGGGUCUCCGACUUUCGUCACCGCUACCUCAUGCGGACGGGAACGGACUUUCAGGGGCAGGUGCCUGCCUCCCCCCAGCCUGGUCUGUACCAAGGCUUCAGCGACGUUCACAAGAUUUUGGCAAAUCAUCCGAAGCCACAGAGGGAAUCACGUCAUUUACCAGUUAUGCCAAUGACUCCCCGCGUUGUGUUUGAGCACGCAAGUGAAAAAAAGAUUGAUGCCGCAAAGAAAAUGCGUAGCGACAGAAGAAAGGUAGAAGAGCUGAAGACCUUAGAAUUUUGGGGCUGGUAUAUGAAGCUGCAGCGUGUCCGUGGACGAUGGUGUCGGGAGCAAGGUGUUUCUAGUCGUGGUGUCUACGGCCCUGCUGUAGACGCAGCCGAGUUGUGGGGAUGA